AUGGACGACCUCGCCCGCUCCAUGGCCAAGGACAUCCGAGACAUCCAGCCUUUCGAAGGCCAGAUGUUCCUUGCCAUGUUCAUCGAUGCCAACCCCGAGCACGCUGUGUGGGAGUUCACCAACGACGACUAUGAGGAUAUCAAGAACCAGGUCGACCUCAUCUCUAGGGGGUUGGAUCGACCUCGGCUUCCUGGCCGACAGGACAUCGUCACCGCCCUCGCACAAGAGAAGUGCAUCUGCGAGAACGUCAUGUGCUCAGCGUGGCAGAUCCGCAUGUUCGUCAACGCACCUAAGGCGCAUCCAAGCGGAAGGAUAUUCCAGAUGUAA